GAGGCAGCCUGUCAGUCUCUCUGGUAAAACCAGUGCUGCAUGCACUGCUCCCCGGCUUUUGUCUCUGGAACUGAAGACUCACGUCGUCGUACAAGCAGUAAUCCAAAAUGAAGCGAGUUUGGGUGAUAGGUCUUCUCUUUGCACUUUUAGCCUUUGCUGCUGUAAAGGCAGACGAUGAAAUUGACGUCGACGGAACAGUAGAAGAUGAUUUGGGUAAAAGCAGGGAUGGCUCCAGAACAGAUGACGAGGUGGUGCAGAGAGAGGAGGAGGCUAUCCAGCUGGAUGGGUUGAAUGCUGCUCAAAUUAAGGAACUCAGGGAAAAGUCUGAAAAACAUGCCUUCCAGGCUGAAGUCAACCGUAUGAUGAAGCUGAUUAUCAACUCUUUGUACAAGAACAAGGAGAUCUUCCUUAGGGAGUUGAUUUCCAAUGCCUCAGAUGCUCUGGAUAAGAUCCGCUUGUUGUCUCUGACCAAUGAAGAUGCAAUGGCCGCCAAUGAAGAAUUGACCAUCAAAAUAAAGUCCGAUAAGGAGAAGAACAUGCUCCACAUUACUGACACUGGUAUUGGAAUGACCAAGGAGGAGCUCGUAAAGAACUUGGGAACAAUAGCUAAGUCUGGCACCAGCGAGUUCCUCAACAAGAUGACAGAGAUGCAGUCUGAGGGGCAGUCUACUUCAGAGCUGAUUGGACAGUUUGGUGUUGGUUUCUACUCUGCUUUCCUUGUUGCUGACAAGGUCAUUGUGACAUCCAAGCACAAUAAUGACAGCCAGCACAUCUGGGAGUCUGACUCCAAUCAGUUUUCUGUCAUUGAGGACCCUCGUGGAGAAACACUGGGCAGAGGAACCACCAUCACAUUAGUCCUGAAGGAGGAGGCCUCCGACUAUCUGGAGCUGGAGACAAUCAAGAAUCUUGUCAGGAAAUACUCUCAGUUCAUCAACUUCCCCAUCUACGUUUGGGCCAGCAAGACCGAGACGGUUGAAGAGCCCAUCGAGGAAGAUGCCGAGGCAGCAGAGGAAACCGAGAAAGAGACUGCCGAGGACGAGGCUGAGGUUGAGGAAGAGGAGGAAGACAAAGACAAGCCAAAGACAAAGAAGGUUGAGAAGACUGUGUGGGACUGGGAACUGAUGAACGAUAUCAAGCCCAUCUGGCAGAGACCAGCGAAGGAGGUUGAGGAAGACGAGUACAAGGCUUUCUACAAGACCUUCUCAAAGGACAGCGACGACCCUCUGGCUCACAUCCACUUCACAGCUGAGGGUGAGGUUACCUUCAAGUCCAUCCUGUUUGUGCCCACUUCAGCUCCUCGUGGCCUGUUUGAUGAAUAUGGCUCCAAAAAGAAUGAUUACAUCAAGCUGUUUGUCAGAAGAGUUUUCAUCACAGACGACUUCAACGACAUGAUGCCCAAGUACCUGAAUUUCGUCAAGGGAGUGGUUGACUCUGAUGACCUUCCUCUCAAUGUGUCCAGAGAGACUCUGCAGCAGCACAAACUGCUCAAGGUUAUUCGCAAGAAGCUGGUUCGUAAGACUUUGGACAUGAUCAAGAAGAUUGCAGAGGAACAGUACAACGAUAAGUUCUGGAAGGAGUUUGGAACCAACAUCAAGCUGGGUGUCAUUGAGGAUCACUCCAACAGGACCCGUCUUGCCAAGCUGCUGCGCUUCCAGACCUCCAACAGUGACACAGAGCUCGCCAGCCUGGAGCAGUAUGUUGAGCGCAUGAAGGAGAAGCAGGACAAGAUCUACUUCAUGGCUGGUACCAGCAGGAAGGAGGCUGAGUCUUCUCCCUUCGUAGAGAGGCUGCUGAAGAAGGGCUAUGAGGUGAUCUACCUGACAGAGCCUGUCGAUGAGUACUGCAUCCAGGCACUGCCCGAGUUUGAUGGAAAACGCUUCCAGAACGUGGCGAAGGAGGGUGUCAAAUUUGAUGAGAGUGACAAGGCCAAGGAGAAGAGGGAAGCCCUGGAGAAGGAGUAUGAGCCUCUCACCACUUGGCUGAAGGACAAAGCUCUGAAAGACAAGAUUGAGAAGGCUGUGCUGUCUCAGAGGCUAACCAACUCACCUUGCGCUUUGGUUGCCAGCCAGUACGGCUGGUCAGGAAACAUGGAGAGGAUCAUGAAGGCACAAGCUUACCAGACAGGAAAAGACAUUUCCACAAAUUACUAUGCCAGCCAGAAGAAAACACUAGAACUCAACCCCAAACAUCCUCUCAUCAAGCAGAUGCUUAGCAGAGUCAAUACUGAUGCUGAGGACCAGACUGCAUCAGACCUGGCUGUGGUUCUGUUUGAGACGGCCACACUGCGCUCAGGCUACCAGCUGGCUGACACCAAAGCUUAUGGAGACAGGAUAGAGCGUAUGCUCCGACUCAGCAUGAAUGUAGGCCUGGACGAACAGAUUGAAGAAGAGCCAGAGGAGGAGCCAGAAGAACCAGCAGAGGACGACUCUGAAGAUAAAGAGGAAAUUGUAGAUGAGGAUGAUGAUGAAGAAACGGCACCAACAGACAGGGAUGAACUGUGAAGCACUGAAUAGAAGAAGCGCGUAACAUUGGAGCUGUUCUCGAGUCUUGCUCCAGUACCACCGUGGUCGAUGUUAUCCUGGGUUGGGGUUUUUUAAGGCGAACAUUGUUUGUUUUUGUUUUUUUUUUUAUUACAUUCCUCAUGACUGUAAAUUUGUUAAUAUUUAACUGACCUGUUUAUGGAAAGAUGCGAUCCUGUCUAUUGAUCAAAUAAAUGUUUCCUGGAAAAACGA